UGCGCAUGCGUGGUGACCAAUGUGUUACGAAAAAUGCUUUUUACCUGAAGGUUUUCUGAGCUUUGCUGGAUAAACAUUUAUUGUAAACGUAUUAAAAUAAUACAAACACAGCGGGGGUAAUGGCGGAAGAAGAGCAGGAGAGCAAGAAGGGUUUCCGGCUGCUGGGGAUCCUGGAUGUUAAAAACACGCCGUGCGCCAGAGAGGCCAUCCUGCACGGAGCGGGGGGGGCAGUCGGUGCCGGCCUGAUCCACUUCCUGACCACCAGUCGGGUCAAGAGGUCGUUUGACGUUGGAUUUGCAGGAUUCAUGUUCACCACCCUCGGGUCCUG